AUGGGGAUGAACCUAACGUUUGUUCAAAUUCUUGGUGGAUUGAAAAGAAAGAGAAUAUUUUGGUCGUCUCCCAGAAGUGGGGGCUUUAGGGAGAAUGAAAAUGAAAAAGGGAGUGUUUUGGGCUCUGCACAAUCUCUACAGAACAAGAAUGCAAUAACAAAAUACAGUCUUCAGAUUGACCGUACCUCGUGCCAAAAGGCAACGGCUGUUGAAAUUGUGUAUACUCGUAUCAGUGUUUUACGCAAGGAUAUGGUUCCCAAAUCCAUUGUCUUUCCAACUGGAGACGAGCUGAGACAGGUGGUUGUAGACUUUGAAUCACUGUGCUUCUUACCACAUUGUGCUGGAGCAAUAGAUGGUACUUUCAUGGAGAUAAAUAAACCGACUCUGUAUGGUGACAACUGCUUUUGCUAUAAGCGAUUUUCUUCUAUUAUUGUGCUGGGAACUGUGGACGCACGAGACAUUUUUGUGAAUGUCAAUGCUGGAAGGCCAGGGGCUGUAGGAGACCCCUAUUGCUACAGAAACAGCAAAUUGAAACAAACGAUUGAUUCUAACCAGUGGCUUUCUCCAGUAUUUAGCAAGAAAAUCCGUCGAAUGGAGUUGAGGCCAUAUCUGGUGGCUGAUGCUGCAUUUCCACUUGGCCCCACUAUUAUGAAGUGUUAUGAAGGAGAUAAUCUGCUCCUAUACCAGAGGAGCUUCAAUUACGCCGUUAUUAGAACUAGGCGAGUUGUAAAGCAGGCAUUCGGACGUCUAAAGAGUCGUUGGAGAGUAAUGUCUAAAACACUGUUAAAUGAUCCAAUCUUUGCACCCAAGGUUGCUACUGUCUGCUGUGAUUUGCACAACAUCUGCGAGCGAUACAAAUGUCCCUAUGAAAAAGAUGUGUUGGCAAACCUGCAUGAUUUUUUUCUCCACCACCAGCAGACUGGGAUGAUGUAG